GAAUUGUCCCACGCGUCUGCAUCAGCGAAUUUGCAUCGUGUCGUUGUCGUCGUCGUCUGAUCUGAUACUUGCACAUACCAUCUCGCACCCUAAUGUUACCUUGAAGAAGCACUAUCAAACUACACCAGACGCAUCGCCCGUCAUGAGCUCCCCGGCGCAAGGAGGACCGUCGGUCCCGAAGGAGAAGGAGAAGAAGGGGCUGGGAAAGGUUCUCUCGAGGGUGAAGACAGUCCUGAAGAAGGCCGAUCCAUCUCGCCGCUUGUCGACAUUUGGCAAAUCAGUUCGUUCGACAGCUGCUCCUGCCGCAGGCGGCGUCGUUUCUAGCGAACCUGCACCACCUGCACCCGCCGUUGCGGAGGAGAAGCCAGAUCCAGAGGGGUCUACUAGGGUGCCAAGAACCCAGCUCUUUGCCGAGCGGGCGAAGAAGCUCGGUGAGCUCUACGGUCUGGAGCUGAAGCCAAGCGACUGGCACUCCAGCGAAGGACAUGCUCUUCGUGUCGAGAAGCCGAUUAGGAUGCGGGUUCACAGGCAGUGUCACGAAUGCAAAACUUCUUUCGGUCUCGGAAAGGAGUGCCCGAACUGCAAGCAUGUUCGCUGCAAGCAGUGUCCGCGCGUACCUGCAAAGCGCACCGAGGCCGAGAGAGAGGCGAGCCGCGUGAAACGGGCUGCUAUCCUCAAGGAGCGCGCCGAGAACCCUCGCAUCAUCCCCGACUGGAAUCCGAUCGACAAGGAGAUUGUCUUGCGAAAGCCGGCCAAGAAAAAUGGUCAGGACCUGGUCCACAAGAAGCCACGGCAACGCGUACGAAGAACAUGCUGCCAGUGCGAGAAACUGUUCGUUGGAGGCCAUAAGACGUGUGAUAAAUGCACCCAUACCAGGUGCACGGAUUGUCCUCGGGAGCCGUAUGUUUUCCACAUUCUCCGCUCCAGAAUACUCGAAACUGACCCCAUUCACAGAGGCAAGAAGGACAGGUAUCCAUAUGGGUAUCUAGGCGAUGUUCCCGGGACGAAGUCGGCCUACUAUGAGUGCCACGAGUGCAAGCAUAUCUUCUAUUCGCUGCCGUCAGACGACACCGACUGUCCUCAAUGCACACACAAGAAAUGCACCUCUUGUGUGAGGCAGACUCCCAGGAAGGUUGACCCGGAGCCCGAUCCAGAGGUCUGGCAGAGGCUCCAGGUCCGACUUGCGGAGUUGCGCAUCACUUAAUACUAAUCCAGUCACCAUUUGCCUGGCAGACUAGUGUUCGACGUCCGAUAUUCAACUCGAGUUCGCCCGAGAAGUUCGCAUGACAGGAAAAGGGGGCCGACACUGCGACUUGACCGGCGAUGUUUUUCUUUUCGGUUCUAUUUCCUCAAUACCAU